CUUAAAUUUGCAGGGAGAGAGAGAGACUUUGUUUGACGAGCCGAGUCUCCUUUAAAGUCUCCUCUAAGGCGUGUUAAAAGAAAUAUGUAUGUAUAUAUAUAUAUAUAUAUAUUCCUAAUAUUUUUCAAGCUGCAGAAACGCUUGCCAAAACAAUUCAAUGGCUGCAACCACCUUAAUCCUUCUCAUUGUCUCUGCGAUAUGGAACGUAGAAGCGGCUCAAACAGCAGGAGGAGGAGGAGCUCGCAAUAUAACCAGAGGCUCUUCUCUCACGCCCACCGGCAACUCCUCCUGGCUCUCCCCCUCCGGUCUCUAUGCCUUCGGAUUCUAUCGCCAAGGCAAAGGCGGCUAUGCCGUCGGAAUCUUUAUGGACGGAAUUCCGGACAAGACGGUGGUGUGGACUGCAAACAGGGAUGAUCCGCCACCGGCUACCACCAAUCUCACCCUUCAGCUCACUGCUGAUGGCAGGUUCAUGCUGCAGUCCCCGCAAGGGCAGAGCAUCCCCAUUGUCGAAACUUCGAACAUUUCUUCGGCUUCCAUGCUCGACACCGGCAAUUUCGUGCUCUAUAACUUCAACCAGAAGAGGAUCUGGCAGAGUUUUGAUUACCCAACUGACACAAUUCUACCUGGCCAGACCCUCUCAGGAGGUCGAGAUCAACAGCUUGUGUCCGCCGCUUCAGAGACGGAUCACUCCUCGGGCAUUUUCAGGCUUCGUAUGCAAAGUGACGGGAACCUUGUCCAGUAUCCAGUCGAGAAGGGCUACCCAUACGCAUACUGGGCCUCGGGCACGUACGGAAAAGGACCUAAUGUCACUCUGAAUCUCAACAAUACCGGCAGUCUCUAUAUGUUGGAUUCAGGUAACGCCGUCAUAUGGAACGUAGCAGGAGGAGGAUUUCCAAAGGAGGACACAAUUUUCCUGAUGAGAAUCGAUUCGGAUGGCAUCUUCAGAGUGUACUCAUAUGAAAUGAAGGGGAGCCGCACUUGGACUAGUCUGUGGCAAGCUCCAGACAAUAUGUGUGCUCCGAGAGGUCUGUGCGGCUUUAACUCAAUCUGUGUCCCAAAAGACAACAAAACCGACUGUAAGUGCCUUCCAGGAUACGACUUUAUUAACCCAGAUAACAGGACUUCUGGCUGUCAAAGGAACUUCUUUAUGCAAAGCUGCACAGACAAGGGACGGAGCGUUGAGUACAGCAUGACGGUUGUGGAGAACGUGGACUGGUAUAGUGUUUCGUACGUGGAGCUCUCGUCGAUCACAAGAGAUGACUGUAGAAAAGCCUGCCUCAAGGACUGUAAUUGCGAGGUUGCCCUGUUUGGCCGCGACGGCAGUUGCAGAAAACAAAAGCUUCCUUUGAAGUGGGCGACAGGAUCGGACACCAUCGAUACUAUUGUCAAAGUGGGUACAUUUGAUCAACCAGUGUCCAACAAAGAUCCUGAAAAGGAAAUCAAGAAAGAGAAGAGAGUGGGCAUCCUAGUCACUGGUGUUUCACUUGCUGGGGUUGCCUUGCUUGUCAUGCUAAUUGCUGGAGUUGCUAUUUACAGAAACCGCAUUUGGGCGUACAGGAAGAUCUCUGAGAAAGCGAACUUUGAAUCGGGCGAGGAUGUCUCUCUUCGGGCUUUUACUUACUCUGAGAUGGAGCAGAUCACAGAGGGAUUCAAGCAUGAGCUGGGUAGAGGAGCUUCUGCAACAGUUUACAAAGGGACCAUUCCGUACAACCAAAAGGUUGUUGCCGUGAAGAGACUAGAGAACUUGUUAAUGGAGGGGGAAAGAGAAUUCCAGACAGAGGUGAAAGUGAUAGGCAGAACUCAUCAUCGGAACCUUGUCCGGCUGAUUGGCUACUGUAUCCAAGGAUCAAAUAGGCUUCUCGUCUAUGAACACAUGAGCAACGGAUCACUUGCAGAUUUCCUCUUCGCACAUGGAAGCCGACCAAGUUGGAACGAAAGAACUGGGAUUGCUCUUGACAUUGCUAGAGGCAUCCUCUACCUCCACAAUGAGUGCGAGACGCAGAUCAUCCAUUGCGACAUAAAGCCUCAGAACAUACUCAUGGAUGAGCACAGGCGCGCCAGAAUCAGCGACUUUGGAUUGGCAAAGCUUUUGAAGCCGGACCAGACCAACACGUUCACGGGGAUCAGAGGGACAAGAGGCUAUGUGGCACCAGAAUGGCAUCGAAAACACCCUGUGACAGUCAAAGCAGACGUCUAUAGCUUUGGGGUUGUGCUGCUAGAGAUCAUAUGUUGUCGAAGCUGCUUGGAUUGGAGCCUUGUGGAGGAAGAGGCUGUGAUUGAGGGAUGGGUGUACGAUUGUUUCAAGGCGGGGGAGCUGAGAAAAUUGGUGGGCGAGGAAGAGAUAGAUAGGAGGCAACUGGAGCGGAUGGUUAAAGUGGGGCUGUGGUGCAUACAAGAUGAGCCAUCCAUGCGUCCUUCAAUGAAGAAGGUUGUGCUAAUGCUGGAAGGCACCGUGGACAUCCCAACACCUCCCGAUCCUACUUCCUUUCUAAGUUCCAUCUGAUCAUAAAGCUUUUUUGCCACUGCAUGCAGUUUCAAUCACCAAACUACUGUUGAGGCACCCUUAUUAAUGAUAAAGACUUAUAGGAAGCAGUUCGGAACUUCUAAAAGGAGAAUGAAUUGCAGUCCCAACAUCUUGAUUUGUGGCCUCUCUUUUCUUCCUGUUUAACCGUUUUGAAAUCAUCUAAGGUAAGUUUUCUUCUCUUUCUUUCUUUAAGUGCAAGUUCCUUUCCUUUUUCCUUCUUAUGCAAGUUUUUUUUUCUUCUCCUUUGAAGAAUAAAUCUUGAUUUUUCUCUUCGUCUUGGUAUCUUUGGAUUGUCCCUUUUUGAAUUUUAGAUUCUAAAAACCCCUAUCUUUUUGGUAAAGAGAGUUUCAACCCGAUUGCUUGUAACUUGUGUAGUUUUCCUUAAAUUCUUAGAAAAUUGCUUUAAAGAUCCAAAUGGAGUUUUGGUUCACUCCAUCUUUUCUAAGGAAUGACGAGUUUAUUGUUAGAGUUAAGUUGCAUGUAAUAAUUUGGUGUAUCUUGUAUGUAUUUUUGCUUCGAAUGUAUUAUUUUCGUUACUGUCGGUCGGUCGGAUUUUUCAUGUUUGUCAAUCGAUUGGGGGAUUUUGUAUUCUAUCGAUCGACAAAUGGCCUUGGCUGUCAAUCAAUUGGUGAGGUUGGGGGAUAAUCAAGUGAGUGGCGUUCUGGUUGUCAAUCGACCACGCCCAAUCUAUCGACCAUUUAAGAGGAAAGGUCUCUAUCGGUCGACAGUUGGGGCGAUGUUGUCUAGCGUUUGAGGCCAUCAGCCUCUAGUGAUCAACAGAUACCAUCACCCCCUAUGGUCACUCGUUUCUUCUUUUGAUUAUUACAAAUCACCCUCAAAUCAUCAUGUAAGAUUCUAAUAGACUCCUCCAUCAACUUAUAAUCUUGAUUGCCAUUCUUGGAGGGUGGGAGAUAUAUUAUGUAGUUAUAUGUGCAUUUAUUGGAUUUUAUAUUGAUUGGUUAUUAUAGAUGUGGAGGGUUAUGAUUUGUGUGAUGACAUAAAUAUUUCCAAGUAUGUGAAAGGAUAUUUAAUAUAUGAGCCUGUCCAAUUCAUGUGUGUGGUGGUGUAUGGCAUUUGCAUGGCAUAUUCAUAUAUGAUAAGUAGCGAACCUAUUAUUUUGCGCGACAGCUAUGACCGUGAAUGGAGGAAAGAAUAUCCUAAUAAGUUGGUAGGCACUUGCCUAACUGUGAGAGUUUCGGCUCACAAUGCGUACCUGGUAUAAAACCAGAGCGUGGGUGGACAAAUUAUCUCUACAAAUUAGGAAACAAACAACCUACUUCCUAGAGAAUAAGUCUUCCACAAAUAUUUGUAGAUAAACUCAAGUAAAAACAAUAGUAAUUCUUAACACACCUACCACUAGGUUAUUACAUAUUAGGUUAAUUUAUGCUUUUAAAUACCCAUUUUUAAGGCAAAUUGAAAAGGUGUGUUUGAUUGCAUUACCUAGAAAACAAAAACCAUCUCACCCCCUUGAAAAAUGAAUUCCAUGGAAAGAAGUUUUAAAUGGUUGUACCAUUCAUAUUUUUCUAUGGAAAAAUUAAGAGUGUUUGAUUGUUUUCCAUAGAAAAUGUAUAAUAAUUACAUAUUUUUCAUGAAAAAUGUGUGCAAUCAAACACACUCUAAGUGUCUCAAAUAGUUAUAGUUUAGAGGCAGAUAGUGAAAUAAUUUUCUAGCAUGCAUCUAACAUAAAGUUUUAGAGCCCCCCGCCCAAAAAAAAAAAAAAAAGUUUAAUGCCUCUAAAAAUAUAAUAAUUAUAUUA